UAAUAUCUCAAAUUUCUCUUCUCUCUGACUCCAUUUCUCUGUAUCUUCAUGUUAUCAAAGGACAUAAAUGGAUUCUGAUCAAAACUCUCUUCUCUUCUCUUUUUUGGAGGCAGAGCAGACUUUUCUCCAUUCUAACUACAUAAUAUGUAGCUGCCAAGGUACCAUCUCAGAGGGGGGAAAAAUCCACACCAUAUUCACUGUCCUUUCAAUUGGGAGGGAUAAAUUGUAAUCACUCGUACCUUUAAUGUGGGCAGCACACAUACCAUGGUAACUAGCCAUGGUAACUUGGAAGUAGAGGGAGAUUUUUGUCCUUAAUGCAUUGCAGCUAGUAUCUACAAAUGGCUUCUAGGGGAGAGUAAUUGCUGAAAUGGCUUUUGUGUAAGCCUGAAAUUUCUGAGGUGCAGAAGAAUGUGCUCCCUGUGCAAGCAGAGUUGGUCACAUUGAAUCUGCACUGUGGGGUUCCCUGGGCUACAGUGAAGAUACCUGUGGAAUUUAGGUUUGACCUCUUUGGAAUGGAAAGCAGCUCAGGUGUAAACCGUGGGGCUAUCAGCACCGUGGGACAGAUCCACUGUCUACAGACACUCUGCAGCGGUUGCUAUAAACUCUUAUGAGCCAAAUUGAUCUGCAAACCUUGUAUGAGUCUUUUAAAAAGGAGUACUCCAGUGAUUUAAAGUUGUACUUUCAGAAUGUUGAGGGACUUGUGACCUUGUGAUCUUGCAACUCAAGUGAAUUAGACCCUCCCUGCCUGCUAAUUCGCACCACAAGGUCUUCGUUAUAAAUCUGAUGUCUCAAGCCCAAUAUGAGGUAACAAGUGAUUGGCAGGUUAGAAGACAUUAUACAAGUGUUUAGUAAAUUGUUCUUCAAGUGUAAAAUCAGUGGAGUGCCCCUUUAAGCAGCUUCAAAGUUAAAUAAUUCAUUUUUCCACACUGGGAGACAUCACUUACAUUCUGCAUGCUUGUUUCAACACUCUGGUGAAGCUUUAUCAUGCUUUUAUUGAGUGAAAUAUUCAACUCCCCACAACUUUUUAUGGCUGUUUCCUUACUUAAAAUAGUAGAUUUAGAUGUAAUUUUUACAUGUCCCCCUAUAAUUGUUGUUGACACAUUCAGUAUAAUUGGAAACCUUAAGAUGUUGACUAGAUUUUAAAAAAAAGUUUUUUUGGCCCUUAAACAUGCGUUUGGUAAUGAUGGCAUGCCAAAGGGUUCAUGGGGUUGAAGAAAGCUGGAUAAAGCUUAGUUGUGGAUCUUGACGUUUGACUUUCCAUUAUGGGUGUACUACACUAUACAACCCAGUAGAUGGCAGUAUGAGCACAAGAGAAUCGUGGUAAGAGCCAGGGUUUGUCAUGGGAAAACUGAUAGUGGAACUGAGAUAUACUGUAUACUACAAUAGUGAAACACAGUCAUGUUCAGUUUGUAGGAACUAAAAACAAAAAUGAAAAAAAGAGAAGGUAUUUGCUGGUUGUGGUUUUCAGAAACAAUAUAUCAUCAAUGCAACUCAAGUCUGUAGCAGAGUCUCCUGUCAAGUUUGAUUACAAUAAGCUUGGUCUUUCUCUGAAUUCAAGUGAAGGUUUGGUGUCACACUUAAAAAGGGGAGCUAACAAAAUAGUGACAAAAGAAAGACAAUCCACAAACACACUAAACAAAUAGUCUAUAUGAUUUGAAUUGUGCUGAAUGAAACAAAAUCUCCCAAUAUUAAAUAAAAUAUUGACUGAAGGCAAACAUUAAUUUAAUUUGCAAUUUUUCUCUUGACACACACACACAAAGUUAAUGUCACAUAAGCAAAUCACUACAGCAAGUCACUAUGAUCAGAGGGCUUUUUAAAAACACACUUAGGAGCCUUGAACACACACACACACAUUCAAAGUGAGAGCACGCGGUAUUGUUUGUCAUCGUUUAAAUGCCAUUAAUUAAAACAUUAACCUGAUUGGGUAGAGAGUGAGAGGGGGAGAGGGUGUCUCUAUCCCAAUAGGCGAAUCCUUUUUAAUAACCCGCCUCGAGAUAAUGAUGUAAAAAGACUCAGGCGUCUCGUGCGUAACGAGGAUCAUCGUGGAGAUCCAGUGAAGGUGAAUCAGAGACACAGAAAGAAAGAGAGAGAGGGAGAGAGAGGCAGGAGAGAGCAGCACUUAUUACACGAGUCUCCUCCUCGUCUCCACACCUCAGCUGACAAGUCGGGCCAGCCUGCAACUUCACCACUGACACACAACUAAACUCGUAAAGGACAAACCGAGGAAGAAACUCACUGAGACGCGUAAAGAGUUUCCAGAAGCGACCGUUGCCUGCAACAACGCGGAACCACACGGCUAUGGACAGAAGGAUGAAUUUGAGCGGCGGCGCAGGGGACAUUUUUCACAAAACUCUCAGCGCCGUGUCCACUAAAAAAAUUGACCCUUUCAGGUCGUCGGCCGGCAUUGAACUACCAGCCAGAGACCGCCAGUCACCGAUCAGCUGCUUUGACCAGACCGAUCCAGACCCGAUUCAGCCGGGAGGACUGGCAGGAGGUAGAGGGGGGCCACUGGGUCUGCCGACCGGAUCUUUGUGCGUUAAUUAUGGUGAGAGCGCCAACAGGACCUCGGUGGCGGAGAGCAGCGGCGGAGAGCAGAGUCCCGACGAUGACAGUGACGGCAGGUGUGACAUGGUCCUUCUGGCCGACGGGCGGACGGUGGCCGCGGGGAAAGGAGAAGGAGGUAAGAAAACCAAAGAGCAGAAAACACUGCGGCUAAACAUCAAUGCCAGAGAAAGACGACGGAUGCACGAUCUGAACGACGCGCUGGAUGAGCUCAGAGCGGUCAUUCCUUACGCGCACAGUCCGUCAGUGCGGAAACUCUCCAAAAUUGCCACUUUGCUGCUCGCAAAAAACUACAUCCUCAUGCAGGCGCAGGCACUGGAGGAGAUGCGGAGGCUAGUGGCGUAUCUCAACCAGGGCCAAGCCAUCUCUGCUGCCUCGAUACCGGCUACCACUGCCCUCGCAGCUCCCGGCUUGGGCGCGUACGACCAGCCGCCUGGAUAUCCCUUUUCCACCGGAGUGGCUGCGUCCUCCUGCCCCGAUAAAUGUGCCCUAUUCAACAACGCGACCUCCAGCCUCUGCAAACAGUGCACUGACAAGCCUUAACUGCGGCUGACAAAGACUCACAAAGAAGCACAUGAGAGAACAGACACCACUUUUAAGAACACUUAUGGAGAGGGAAACCUGUGAGGCUACUGUUGCUGAAGUCAGUAGAGACAAAGUAAUGCCCAUGAAUACUUUUAUAAUAUUUACUAAAUGCAUUCAAAACGCGCUUUUUGUUCAAACAAUACUUGAUUGUGUAUAUAAAUCAUCCUUAAAGUGCUGGUAUGAAUGACAGUGAAGACCAAACAGAAGUACAGUAGGCCUGUAAGAGUGGCUGCAAGUGUUGAGUGAGUUGUUGAUCACUUGCUCUGUUAUGGACCCUUUUGGAGAUUUGGGUGACCUGACAACCUGCGACUUUUUCACUUGAAUAGAUGGACACCUUCCAGGAGCGUUAGUCCAACCUCACUUUCUGCUGCUUCCUCUUUUUUCUUUGUUGCGGUUUUUCUUUCAUUUCACCUCAGAGACAUUUGCUGUUUGCUUACUGGUUCAAGGCCUGUUUUCAUGAACUUUUCUAUUAAGCACGUGGAAUGUCAUGAACAAGAAAAAGUUAAAUGAAAUUGAUGACAAGUUAAAGUCGUUCAAUCAGUCUGAUAUUUAUGUGCUACUCCAGAUACUUGUUAAUAGUUGCGCACGCCUAUUACAAUUCUUUUUGGGGCACUGUGAUAUAAUAAAAUUUCAGAAAAAUUUAGAAAACCUGAGUGAAGGUUUA